AUGAAUAUCAAUGAAAAGUUACAGCGUGCAGAUGGAACUGAUAAAGAAAGUCUGAAAUUGUUUAGAAGUUUAGUUGGUGGCUUGAAUUAUCUAACGCACACUAGACCUGACAUUGUCUUUUAUGUUAGUGUUGUGUCCAGAUUCCUUCAAAGUCCCACAAAGCAAUAUUUUGGUAUUGUGAAACAAAUUCUUCGUUAUGUUGCUCGAACAACAAACUUUGGUAUUUGGUAUUCUAAAGAACCAAAUUUCAUAUUGGUUGGCUUUAUUGACAGUGAUUAUGCAGGUUGUUUGGAUGAUCGUAAAAGCACUUCCGAAAGUUGUUUCAGCUUUGAUUCUAGAGCUCUAACAUGGAGUUCAAAGAAGAAGGAGACAAUAGCUUUGUCGACAUCUGAGGCAAAGUAUGUGAUUGAGGGUUAUGGUCACAUCUUGCCGCUUGCAUACGGAAUAGUUGAUUCAGAAAAUGAUGAUUCAUGGUUAUGGUUCUUUGAGAAUUUUAAAAAUUCAUUCGGUGAAAGGGAAGAUAUGUGCUUUGUUUCUGAUAGAAAUAAGAGCAUUUGGAAUGCUACUGCAGUUGUUUAUCCCGAAUUCAGACAUUACGCAUGCAUAUACCAUCUAUGGACCAAUUUACUAAAGAAAACAUACAGAGAUACAGAAGAGGUUAGAACAUUAUUCUUCAGUUUAGCAAAAGCUUACACUGUUCAAGAGUUUGAUGAAUUGAUGAAAAGGAUGGAUCAAAUUAAUCCAAAAUACUGUGCUUAUCUACAAAAAGCAAAUUAUGAGAAAUGGUCAUGCGCACAUUCACCAGUAAAAAUUACUUGGACACUAACAAGUAACAUUGCAGAGUCACUAAAUAACGCUAUUCUUGUUGGAAGAAGAUUACCAGUGGUACCAUUGUUGGAAUUUGUUAGAAAAACAAUUGAAGCUUGGAAUGAGAAACACAACGAAGAAGGUAGAAAUACUACAACAACCUUAACAAGUAAAUACAAUGAAAUGUUGAAGGACAAUAGAAAUUUGUCUCAUCGUAUGCUUGUACGCGCAUCAACAAUACACCUUCAUACCAUUACAGAUGGUGCAAAGAGGUUUACAGUAAGUCUGAAUACACGAAUGUGUAGUUGUGGAAAAUUUCAACAUGAUGAGAUCCCUUGUAGUCAUGCACUUGCAGCAAUCAGACAUAGGAAUAAACAUCGCGAUGAUUACUAUUCAGCUUAUUAUAGUAAUAAGAAUUAUCAAGAUACAUAUGCAAUACCAAUUGAACCCUUGCCUUGCGAAAGCACUUGGGAUGUUCCAUCACAUGACUUGAAAGAGGUAGUAUCACCACCAAUUACAAGAAAGCAACCAGGCAGACCUCCAAAAAAUGAUCGCAAAAAGGGAUUCACCGAAAGAGAGGGGAAGAAGAGGAAAUUAUACAGUUGA